UUAUCUAAGUUUUGUUUUUAGAUAAUAAUGAGUGUUUCUGAACCUGAUGUGUGUCAAGGAGAAGAUGCCACGCCUCCUCAAGCUGACCCACCCACUAGUACAGAGGUUCCUGGCGAUCCGGUUGAAGAGGUUGGGGGCCCUGUAGCGCGGAUUACGGAGUGCGCUCGAGACCUUGAAUCUCCGUUGAGCGAUGAAUCAAAUCAGAAUUUCGGAUACGAGUCCCAGGAGUCAAACAGGGAAUCUAGGUCAGAGUCCAGUGACUCCAUUGAUCGGGAGGACAAACUUUUAGAGGAUAUGCUGCGCCUGAGAUUGGGUUCGAGCUCUAGUUCUGUUCUACCCUCCAACCAGAGAUUUAAACUCUAUCAACCAAAGUCAAAGCUCGAUCAGUUCGAGGACAUUUUCAUCGAGUCCCAGUUGUUGGAGCAGAAUUCAACAGGGGAGAAAAUAGAUUUUGAAAAAUAUGAUUUGGAAGGACUUUCUCUUCAGGAUGCUUUGACUGAAUUAACUGAUUUUGAGUUUACCGACGCAAUUUUUGUUGAACCAGGAGAUACUUUACAGACCGUUUAUCAGAAUGAUGGUGAUGAAGGUGGUUGUGAAUGUGAAUCCUGCCAGGAGCGGAGUGCUCUGGUUGCUGAGAUGGCGGAGGAAACUAAGAAAUUACAACAAUGCUGGAUUCAGUUAAAACAGGAUUUCCAGCUGGUGUACAGCCUGGUGAUGGAAGAGGCCUGGAACGACACUAACCGUCCCAAGCCCGACCUCAACAUUAUGAAGGAUCGGGUUCAUAAGCUAGUUUGGAGGGAUCCUCAUCAGCUGUUCCAACGUCUAGAGAGUAUAGUGCGUGAAUAUGUGACCGAGGUGCGGCGUAAGCUCCGUGAAUUGUUGCAGAGGGACGCGAAGAGUCCAAGUUUAGCUCAAGAUUUUAUCUCGGGACUACUCGGAGGACACUCAAAAAUCUGUGAAGCUGCAAGAAUUCUUGCCCCGGUGCUUGGUGACCUUGAAGUUCAUCAUCUUCGUAGAUUCUCACUUACCUGGGAACUCCUUAGUAAACACCUUUAUCAGUUGAUUGUGUACACUGACCCUGUAAUACAGAACAAUCUACCGAUCUUUAUUUCUCAACUUAGAGCUCUUUAUCCAAAUAAUACAGAGAUUGAGGAGAAAUAUACUGAGCUUGUUCGUGGAUAUCUAGACUUUGAUGUAGAGAUGGAGAAUGUCGGGGUAUUCUGGUCAGGAACAGAGGCACUGCUGCUUGUAUUUUCUUCUGAACAGCAGAAGCUGCGUGAGAAGCAGAAGAUGCUAAAAUCUGACUGGGAAAAGUUUAAGCAGCAGCGGCAAAAAGUAGAGAGCAGCAGUCCUAGUAUGCCGGGAGGAGGGGAGGGGUUUGCUGAUCUAGGUGAGAGCCUCCACUCUCUUCUGACCGGCUUAGAGCAGCUGGGUGUAGAGGCUCUACCUCCAGAGCUAGAACUAGAGAUGAGGAGAGCUAUGUCCAUGUCACCAAGCUUACAGGAGCUGGAUACCGUUAGUGAUCUAGUCUCUGAGUUCCACUCCCAGGUUGGAACUCCCUUCGGACUCAGUCCGGCCGAGGAGUUGGCCUUCAGCACCAUCAUUCAUCAGAUGAUGGGGGAGGGGGAGGGGUGGGAUAGUGAUGGGCAUUGUGAGGCAGAUAAAUCGGACGGAGAGAAAUCUUGUGAAUGUCAUGUCUGUACUGCUCCCCUCAACUCGGAAAUGUACCUUCCUGCCUUCCCUCCAGUAUCCUCUUGCUCCUUACCCUCCUCCUCCUCCUCUCUUUAUCCUCAUCUUUACAACCUACCCUCCUCCACAUUCUCAUAUUCUCAUCCCACCUCCUCUUUGCCAGCACUUCCCUCCCCAACCUCCCUGCCUCCCUGCUCCGACCCGACCCUUUCUAUGUCAAGUCUAUCCUUGACUACAGCAGUUUGUCAGUCCUCUACCUCCACCUCAACUUCAGUAUCAUCCAUAUCCUCUUCUCAACCUUCCUCUACACAAUCAAGUUCAAUUAACUCGACUGCUGAAAGUUCAAGUUCUGUGGUGGUUUGUAGUGCUAGACAGCCUAGACCAACCUCUCUACCUACCUUCUCUUCACCCAGUUCAACCUCACAACCUCAACCUCAACCUACAAACAAGAGCUCAAAGUGUUCCGUAUUAACAAUGGCUGGUGAAGUACAAAAGCCUGAAAGUAAACCUCUACAGAGACCAAAAACCCUCGGCCUCGAGGCUGGACAGCCUCUUAAUCCUGCCCCUGCUCCUGGGCAACAACAGCCUCCUGUUCCUACUCCCAACCAACCGUCUGAACCAGUUCAAACGACAGCUAAGGUGAGCAAGCCGGCCCCUCCUAAGACCUGCAACCACAAGCACAACAAUGCCAACGCGAAGGAGUUGAAGAAGAUGAUGGGACAUGAUUGUGGAAAGAAGAAUGCACAAAUACAAAACCAAACUAGGAAAUCUAAAUCAGCGUCAGCCAUCCCUAAGGAUGAGGAUGAUGAUGAUGAUGAUGGUGAGUCUACUGAUGAUGCUACUGAAGAUUCUUCUCCUGAAGAUUCCUGCAGUAGUUCUGCAAGUGGAAUGGAUAAACAUUGUGCCUGCUGCUACUGUGAGGUGUUUGGGCAUGGUGGUCCGUCAGCUGCCCCUGUAUCCAGGAACUACCCGGAGAUGCGAGAACGUCUGCGUCUACUUCUCAACAAGAAAAAACGCACUCAUAAAUCCAACCAGCAACAGCAGCAGCAAAAAGCUCAAAAUCCUGAUGCCGGAGCUGCCCGUCCCAGUCUUGUCAAGCAGCAGCAGCAGCCCCCGCAGCAACGGGUGCAGCCAGUGAAGCAGCAGAAUGGGGUUCCUGUUUCUUCUAAACCAACUCCUGCAGCUCCUCUGCCUGCCAGAACACACCCCGUAAGACAGGUUACCCCCGCCCCUGUAUCUGCUCCCGCCCCUCUUCACACCGCCUCGGAGAUAAUCGCCAAGAAGGAUGUUGACGAGAUUAUCCAGUAUAUCGAGGGCAACAAGAACAUUACCAACGACAAGAAGAGGCAGAAGAAGGAGCGUCAGAAGCAGCAACGGAUGGAGGAGAUAAACAAGAUCAAGGAGGAGGAGAGGAAGAAGAGGGAGGCGGAGGAGGCGAUCAAGAGGAAGAGAGAAGAAGAAGAAAGGUUGUCCAGGGAGUUCGCGGACAAGGCUGCUAAGAAACAAAAGAAGAAGGCUGCGCAGAAACUUAAGAAACUUGCGGCUCAGGGGUCCGGAUUAGAAGAUGAAGAGGAUGAAGUAUCAAGUUCUAAAGAAGUUCUCAACCUAGAAUCUCUCAGAAUUAAACAUAUACAGGAGCAAAAAGAGCUUCUGGAGAAGCAAAAGCAGCAGCUGCUUGAGCAGGAACGGAUGCUAGAUCUACAGCUUCAAGGAAAGCUUCCAAUCAAUCUGAACGGGAAGCUGCCUACCCCUGAACCAGUGAAACCAACCAUUUCUAAGAAGCAGCAGAAAAAAGCUGCUAAGGCAGCAGUUGCUCAAGCUGCUCAAGUUCAGCAGCAGUAUAUACCUAGUCAAUCUUCUAUUCAAGGUGGCAGUAGCAGUAUGUAUCCUGCAUACUCCGCCCCUCCUCCUUACUCUUCCCAAUCCUUCUCCCCUUAUCAGCAGCAAACCUUCCCUCCGCCAAAUCAAUUCUCCGCCUUUCCUGCCAGAGUCCCCAACGGUGGAUUCCAGGGUUACAAUAACUACGCCCCUCCACCUCCGUCUGUAACGGUUCGGAAGGUGCCGGAGGAGACAAAAUCUGACCAGCCGAUGGUAACGAUCAAGCGCGUAAUGAGGCCGGAUUGUAAUGAGCCGACUGUAACGAUCUCGGUAAAGAAGGAGGAUGAUAGAAACGAUAAGGAGAAGGUUCUCUUUACUCUUGUAAACGGUCAGGUUAUGAAGACAAAUCAUGCUCCUGAGAAUUUAAUCCCGUCAGCUAAACCACUCUCUAGAGAUCUUGCCAGACAGAUACUACCAGACGACAUGCAGGAUGCUGCUCUUUCUAAAAAGCAGAAGAAGAAGAAUAGGAAACAGGGGGUAAAAACAGAAGACUCCACCCCUUCCCCUACAACUACUCUGCCACGCCCCCCUUCCUCCCAGCCCCUCCCUCCCUCGGUAACGCCCUCUCCUCGUCUCCCUGCCUUUCCUCAAACUGCUCAACAACCCGCCAGGGUUCCUCUCACCUCGCAAGGUCAUGUGGAUCUUGAUAAACUAAGUUUGCCGGAAGGAAUCUCAAUCUCCCGGAUUACCGGACCCGUCCCGGAGCGUAAAUACUUCCCGUGUAAACCAGCUCCGGAGCCGGCACCGGAGUCAAAACCUUUCCAACCUUGGGCUCAACCCCAGCCCGGUCAGUUUAUGCCCAGCUUCUCAUCCAGUCAAUUCGCCGGUACUCCGUUCACACCAGAGUCCCAGUAUUCAAGCAGUAUGCAGCCUCAGUUCGGUAUGGGGAACGGGGGUAGCGGGGACAACUCUAACGUGAUUGUUGUCGACACAAACCAGUUGACAACUAGGGAGGAGGAAGAGCGAAUGAGGAAGGAGGAGGAAAAAGGGAAGAAGAAGAAGAAAGGAAAGAAGGCCGGAGUAGAAUCGGUUCCGGGAGCAACGGUUUUCGGUGCAUCUAAUCCGUAUCCGGGGAUUAUGCCUGCCCCCGGCCCAGCAGAGCCAAAGAAAGAAUGGAACCCCGCCAUGUACGGCGGUUAUGAUCCACAAGCUGGUGUCGGCGGUGGUGGUCAGGUGCUAAUCAAAUCUGUGAACGGAAGAGUUAUUAUAACACCGGUUCCAGGAACAGGGAAUAACCCACCGCUGCCGAAUUCUGGGGAUGCCCGUCCUCCCGCCCCGUCAAAGCCUUCUCCGCCUCUACCCGCCUCAGCUCAUCUUCAGAACGGGAAAGUUCCGGUCAGCAACGGCGUAAAAAACUGCGUUGAAAUUACCCAAAUACCAGCUGUGCAGGAUGAUGUGAACGGGGAAGAAGAAAAUGGAAAGAAGAAGAACAAGAAGAAAAGAAAGAACGCUGAGGAUAAGAUGGAAGAAAUCAAUUCUAUAUUUGCUCCUCGCGACGGAUUGGAUGAACUGGAUGCUGCGGAUAGAGAGAUAGAACAGUUUAAACAGUUCUGCUUCAACUCCGUCCCUGUUCAGAACAGGGCAAAAGUCAACUUCGAUGUCAAGAAUAUUGCAUUCAAAAAGAAGAGCUAAACACGCGUACUAAACAUUUUUGCGUAAUCUGCGCAAUUUUCGUAAAUAUUUACGUGAGAUCAAAUAUCAGUGAUAAAUUACAGUGUAAAUUAAUUCAAUUCCCCCCUUUAUGCCAAUGCCACUGAGUAAUAUAUGGCAUUAAUUGAAAGACAAAUAUGCUAGAUUAUGCAUCAGUAAAAACUCUUGUGUAUUCCCUUUUUUACUGAUUGUGGUGUACAUACGAACAGGUGCUGCUGUUUUGCAUCGGUAAAAAUAAAGUUUUUUCAAAUUUUCCAAAAAA